AGUGGGCUUUUGAAUCUAACCUUAAAGCAAAAUGUAUGCAGUUAUUGGAAGACGUCAUGGUAGAAUAUUAGCUGGUGAUUUAAUACACGGUAGCGGUAAUUUUUCUGUAACAGCUGUACUUCCUGUUAUUGAAUCUUUUAAUUUUGCACAAGAGAUACGUAAACAAACAUCAGGAUUAGCAUGUCCACAGUUGGUAUUCAGUCAUUGGGAGAUAAUCGACAUUGAUCCAUUUUGGGUACCAUCAACUGAAGAGGAAUAUAUGCAUUUUGGUGAAAAAGCUGAUUCUGCAAAUCGUGCACGUUUAUACAUGGAUAGUGUUAGACGUCGCAAAGGACUUUUUGUUGAAGAAAAAAUUGUGGAACAAGCUGAAAAACAAAGAACUUUAUCUAAAAAUAAAUAAAAUUUGUAAAACGACAGAAGAACUUUGUAAAAAUGCUGCACAAUAAAAAUUGAAUCAAUUGUAUUGUUAAAAAUAUUUGCAUAUGUAUAGGAGUA